UGUUCCAGGAAUUUGUCAUGGUUUUAAUGAGGAUAAGACUUGGUCUUUUUGAGAAAGAUCUAGCUCAUCGUUUUCUCAUUUCAGACUCAUCAGUAUCUCUGAUUGUAAGGACAUGGCUGAGACUUUUACGUUCAGAGUUUGAGCCACUUAUCAACCUACCUCCAAGAGAUGUAAUUACUCUUCACAGUCCAAAGCAAUUUAAAGAACUGUUUCCUAAAGUUGCAAUUAUUGUUGACUGUACCGAGAUUGAAAUGGAGAAACCCAGUGCUUUAGAUUUACAGUCAGCAUGUUACUCAUCUUAUAAGAGUAAGCCAACUAUGAAAUGUCUAAUUGGUAUCACACCCAGUGGCGUGACAGCAUUUGUUAGCGAGCUGUUCCCAGGCAGCACCUCUGAUAAAGAGAUCACUGUUAUGAGUGGUUUUCUUGACAUUUUGCAACAUGGAGAUGAAGUAAUGGCCGAUAAAGGCUUUAAUGUCAAGGAUGAGCUUGCAUCAGUUGGGGUAUCACUGGCAAUGCCUGAAUAUUUGAAGAAAGAUACCCAGUUUACCAUAGAUCAAAGCAUCAAAAACAAAACUAUAGCUAGUUUAAAGGUUCAUGUAGAGAGGUUCAUGGAGAGGAUAAAGAACUGGCACAUUAUCGAUAAAAGAAUCCCUAUUUCCAUGGCACCAUAUGCAAGUGACAUAGUCAUAGUUAUUUGCGCAUUGUCAAAUUUCCUACCCCCUUUGAUCAAAUAAAUUCAAAACUAAAUUCAAAGGUGGAGACAGUUAUCAUAAAAUACAAUUAUUUUUGAGUACAAGUAUGGUGUCUUUAUUCUCUUGUUCUCUUUAGUGAAGAGUGGUUUACAAAAUCCUGUUAAAUAAUAUAAAACAAGAAUUAAGUGCUCCCUAUUGAACUGGUAUUAUUUCACAGCAUUUUGCCAAAAAGAUCUGCACUAUUUGCUCACUAAAGACUGCUCUUUGUAUAUGUAAAAUGAUUAAACAUUUCAAUUUUCAUCGCAAAUAAUUUACAUUAGUGAUCAAUAAAUAGAUUUCUUAAUAAACUCAAAUAUCGAUAAGAGUUAAAACUUUUGUACACUGAGUAUUGCCUCAAAGAUACAUGCAUUUUACUAGAGUACAAACACGAAAAAUGUGCAAUAUAAAUACCACUAAAUUAUGCAAAUUUUAUUGUAAUGGUGCAAAGUUGUUGCACACUAAGUGUUUGUACUCUAUGAAAACACACUGCAGAUAACAAGAACAUUGGUCAUUGCUGUCUUAUAUAAAUAAGAAGUGUAAACUUUUGCUAUAUUUGCAAGCAACAAAAAGCGCUCGCCUCAAGUCAUGUUUUCUUAUCAAGUAUAAAGCAGAAACAGUCAA